AUGAUGAAUCUAGAUGAGGAAGUUCGAUUAUGGACCACGAAUACCGAAAGAGAGAAAACCGAAAAUCUAGCUACUUUAUAUAGUAUUAUUGUUAGUCUGGAAUAUCUCGAAAGAGCCUACGUACGAGAUUCAGUCAAUGGGAAAGAGUAUGCUCCUGCAUGUAUCAAACUUCUGGCUCAAUACAAAUCGUUGAUGAAACUUGUCGGAGAUGAGAUUGGUGGAUUGGAAGCAUUCAUGAAGAGGUUCAAGAUGGACCAUCAAGCCGCAUUACAUCGUCUAACAAUAGGUGUACCUGCGACUGUAGAACACUCAGCUGAAGCUACUGAUGGUGGCGCGGAAGCUGGUAAAUGGGUUGCUGAGACUACGCAGUCAUUCAUAACGUUCAUGGAUGCUUUAAAAUUGAACUUGAGAGCCAAAGAUCAAUUACAUCCUUUCCUCACAGAUUUAAUGAGUGGUUAUUCAAGAUUCAAGGGAAGCGGUGAAUGGGAAGGUAGAGGAAAGAUCUUACAUUGGCUUAUAACGUUGAAUGCAAUGAAAGCAAGUGAUGAAAUCACAGAAGAACAAUCGAGACAAAUGCUAUUUGAUAUCGAAAACGCUUAUAACGAAUUCUUCCGUUCAUUAAGUAGCAGUAACAAGACUUGA